CUUGUUGCCAUGCGACGGUGAAGAUACAGUUUACGGAUACGAAGGGUGGCGUAAAUGAAGAAAACAAUUGCGCAUUUUUGGUAAACAUUUUGAGGAUUUUUUUCGCUCAUUACUAUUUACAGUCUACAGUUUCCCUUCAGCUUAAGCAUAUCAGCCAUGCCGCUUCCAGACAGACUGUUUUGUGCCGAGCAGAUCAACAUCCCACCAGAACUACCUGACAUCCUCAAAAAUUUCAGCAAAGCAGCCAUCCGAACACAGCCCAUGGACUUGCUGGCCUGGAGUGCAGCGUACUUCAAUGCAUUGUCUAAAGGAGAGUGUCUCCCCGUCAAGGACAGACUAGAAUAUAAUGACAACACCCAGAAUCUGGACCCCAGCUUGACUCCAGGUCUGCUGAAAAUCCUACACAAACAGUUGUCCUCCAGGAAAACAUGCAGCCGAGAGGACCUGCAGACCAAAUGGAAGGGCUUGAGUCUUUCCCCCAAUCAGCUGGAUACUCUGUUGUCCUUGGGCGGCUUUGAUUCAGAAAUCGACUGGAUUGAGUUUUUUGCUCUGGGCUGCAGCGCUCUAGGAGGGACCCUUCUAAGCUCUAUGAAGUUUGCCUGCGAGAUUCUGACAAAUGAUGAGGAGGGUGGUGCUGCAAGGAUCCCAUUUGAUACCUUUGUCCAAAUCUAUACUUUCUUGGCUCGCCUAGAUGGAGAUGUUCCACAGGAACACAUUGACAUCUUCCUCAACAGUUUAAAGCCACAGGUGGAGCUCCAACAUGGGAUGAUAAAACCUGGAAAUUUCAGCCAUUGGGAAGAUAUGGACUUUAAAUCUGGAGCAACAGCAAACACUGACCAAGAGUGAAUAAAUGUUGGUGACUAAAACA